AUAGAAUUAUUUUUAGUCACUGUUAAUCAUCAUGACAAUUGGCGUUUCUUGCUAACGUUGAUGUUUCACAUUUUGCGAAGUACAUAUUUGAGAGUUUCAAGUUGAAAAUUUAUGCACUGCUCAUUUCUCUACUACAUAUUAUUCGCACCUGACUGACAUCAACUAGCUUUUUAAAAUAAAAAAUGGACCUCCCCGGAACUCACGCGGAAAUGAUGGAAGCCAAUCCAGGUCUGAGAUUGCCCGAGUGGGCGAUCAAGAAGCGAUCUUUCCUGUCUCCAUACUUGGAGCAAGUUGGCGACAUUCGACCUCCAUGGCGAUUUCAGUGGGUGAUCAAACGGCGACUGGCACUCAUGGCUUGGCCACAGUAUCCUGAACACCUCCGCUUUUUACUCAAGAACGGUCUCCGACGCCUCAUCUCGCUUUCCCCCGAGUGUCGACCUCCCAUUCAUCAGUUCACUGAAUUCUACUUUAUGGAAAUCCCAGUCGAAGAGCUUACCCCUCCAACCUUGGAACAGAUCAAGCUCUUCAUCUGCUUCUGCGACCAGGCGCGGCAGUUUGAUGAGGCCGUUGGAAUCUGCGACAGAGUGGGCAGAGGACGCUCAGGCGUUUUUGCUGCAUGUUACCUCGUUCGAUACUGCGGACUCACAGCGGAAAUGGCCAUCAUGCAACUACGGAAAACACGACCUGGUGCAAUUGAGACUCUUGCUCAGGAGAAAGCAGUGGAAGAGUAUUACAAGGAAUUAUGCAAUUGUCCUCCAGAAGAUGCAUGCUGGCAACCUGGUCGAUUUCAGUAAAUCGUUAUUGCACGUUGCAAUCCAGGGUCAGCAUAAAUGUUUUGCACACAAUCUAAAUCUUUGUGACUUUCAAAAAAUAAAGGGGACAUUUUAUUUACUUGCAAUAAUCACACAUUUAUUAAGUAUUGAUGAUUUUACACUACAUAAAUACUCCAUAUGCAGAGCUACAUAUUUAAAUAUAUAUUUUUCAGAUCAAUUAAGUUUCCAACAGACUGUUUUAUAAUAUAAAGCACAUAUGUACA